AUGACGUGGGCAAUCUCUAGAUCUUCUCGUGAAGUCAAGAGAUCAAUGAAGUGGGUCGUCGAAUCGUCUCCGGUGGCUGUCACCCGGCGGAGCGGAAAAACGGCAACUUUGCAGCUCUCCGGCGGCUGUCACCUGACAGAGAGGGGCUGGAUGGGGCGCGUGUCAGGGAGCUUCAUCCUCAGGUCACCUUGGAAGAUAUCUUUAUCCAAAAAGUUAGUGCCAUUAUUUCUCAUUCUUUGCCUAGAAAAUGUAAGGAUCUAGGAGCAACUCUUAUCUCAUCUAAAGUGGGUGAAACUACAUUUAGAAAUGUGCUCUUAGAUUUGGGAGCAAGUGUUAAUUUAUUACCUUUGGCUGUUUUUGAAAAUUUCGAAUUAGGAGAAGUAAAACCAACUUUAAUGGAACUUUGGCUAGCUGAUAGAUCUAUUAAAACACCUAGGAGUCUUCUAGAAUAUGUCAUUAUCCAUAUUAAAGGAUGUAGAUUUCUAGUAGAUUUUCUGAUUUUAGAUAUUCCUAUUUUAGAUGAUCUUACUCAUGCAACAAUCAUAUUAGGAUGCUCAUUUCUUGUCACAGCCAAAGCAAAUUUGAUUGCGAAAAUAAGAUUAUAAAUAUGAAAUCUGAAGGUCGAAACACAUACUGUGUUUAACUUAGUAGGCCACCAUCGUAUGCACACAUUGUAAAUUAUCUAGCUAGUGGUCAACUUUCAAAUAAAUGGAAUUAUGUUGUAAGAAAAAUGUUUUUCAGAAAUAUUGAUCAAUUUAGUUAGAAGAACCUGAAUUAUUUCAUUUGAGAGUUGAUUACAUUUAUAGGAGAUAUGUGCCUGAAGAGGAACAAAGAAGUAUUUUAAUUUUUGUCACUCUUCAUCCUAUGGUGGUCAUUAUUCUUCUAAAAUCACGUCAAUGAAGGUACUUCAAGCUGGAUUUUGUUGGCCAUCUUUGUUUAAAGAUUCAUGUAAAUAUGUUCAGCAAUGUUUGAAGUGUCAAGCUACAAGGAAUAUAGACAAAAGAGAUUCAAUGUCUUCGCAACCUAUCAUUGAGGUAGAGAUCUUUAAUUUAUAGAGAAUAGAUUUUAUGGGACCAUUUCCUCCAUCAAGGGAAAAUGAAUAUAUAUUGAUGGUAGUCGAUUGUAUAUCUAGAUGGGUAGAGGCUAUCCCUACUAAGACUAAUGAUCAUAAGAUUGUCAUUAAAUUUCUAGAGUAGACUAUUUUCUCACAAUUUAAAUGUCCUAGAUAAUUUUGAGUGAUGAGGGUCACACUCAACAACUCUUACUUCAAGAGUUUGUUGAAGAGAUAUGGAGUCCAACACAAGAUGACCACUCCAUAUCAUCCCCAAGCCAAUUGUCAAGUUGAGGUAUGUGAUGUGACUCAGUCGUUGUAUAUUAAAUUAUGCAAAUCUAAAAUUUAUAAAACUAGAAAAUAUGAAUUUUCAAAUAUUUAAAAGUAUUUCUAAAUAAAUAUAUCAAUUAUAAUUCAAUAAAACUUCCAAAAAUAAUGGUAAUUUUCCAGGUCAAUCACAAAGAUGUAAUAUAAUAUUUGGUAAUUAUUCAAAAUUUUUCUCAAUGAAUACGAUUUUCUAUGAAUUAUAUACUAAGAAAUGAAAAGGAAAUAUAUUUAAAAUUCAUGAAAAAGGGAAAUAAGGGUGCAAACAUCAGAAUGACGUCAGCUCCUGAUGAACGCAAAUCGGGCAAAAAUAGAGUUCCACCUGAUGGUUCUUACGUAAGCAAUUAUAGAUGAUUUAAUUAAUCAAAUUAAGAUCUAUAAAAGUCAGAAGAAUCGUAAUAGAACAAAGUAUAUUUUGGUAAAUUAAAAUCACAAAGAUUAUCACUAAAUGAAGCGUAAAGUAAGUUGAAAGUAAGAAAAAAGAGUUCUAGCGUCGCGACAGUGAUGCAUCAGUGAUGUACUGGAAUCCUAAGCAUUCGGGAGGAUCGUCAUGCAGUGUUCAUAGCCUCAAAGGCUCUCCUUGGAUGAAGACGACGUGGGCAAUCUCUAGAUCUUCUCGCAAAGUCUAGAGAUUAAUGAAAUGGGUCGUUGAGUCAUCUUCGGCAGCUGUCACCCGACAGAGCAGAAAAACAACGACUUUGCGGCUCUCUGGCAGCUGUCACCUAACGAAGAGGAGUUGGAUGGAGGUGGGGCGUGUGUUAGGGAGCUUCAUCCUCAGGUUUGCAUUGCAAGAAGAGGCUCUUCAUCGCAUCCAGUACACUCUCAAGAGGUGGCAACUCAUCUCCCGACGGAUUGUCCUCUUCUCGAUGACGGCUUGUUCGUCAAUCAAUCAGAGAUGAUUUACUCGAUAGAUUCACAAUCCUUUUAUCGCGAAUCGUUCAACAAUUUUAGUAGCAAUACUCCGUGAUGUAGGGCAGGGCAAGAACCCCCUGUACCUGAAUAAUGAAACUCCAAACCCGAGAUGGGCAGUCGAACUGAUCUGAUUAGAAUGUUGGGACCCUAGACUCUAGGUCUGGGCACGUAACCUAAGCAUAGCCAGGCAUACCAAUAUGCGUGAUCAACCUAGGACAACUUGGGGAAACAAUUGACGAUGAUAAAUGAGAGGCCCUCUUGGUCCACAUCCGAACAGAUGGUAGAACUAUCGUCAUGAAGUAGCCUAGGGCUGCAGCUCACGAAUUGUGAUGAGUCUGGUGCAGUUUCGGAAGUCACGAUCUGAUAACCUGUCCUAUCCUAUCUACGUGCUCCUAAUGGCAGUAGAGAUGAGUCGAGAAAAUCCUUCGAAAGAUAAUUAAACUUAAGUAAGAAAGGGUACAAAGCUAACCUUCAGGGUUGCAUAGCUUGGCAGGUCAUGACGGAGCGGAGAUCUGACGAAGGCAGGGACAUCCGGUGAAGAGCAAUGCUCAGCAUCGACGGUCAGUCUUGGUCAAGAGUCACAAAAGUUGUCGUCUUAGGGCGUGGCAUAGUCGGUGUGGGUGUGGGCUUGCUGGUGGGCCGAAGGGCACGCUAGCGGGUGCGGGAGACAAGCCGUGCGGAGGCCUUAGGGUACACAGGAGCCGGCGUGUGGGGCGUGCGCGGCGGCAGCACUUCGGUGAGAAGGCCGAGCAUCUAUGGCGCUUCGGCGAGAGUGCCGAGCGUCUGCGGCGCUUCAGUGGGAAUGCUAAGUGUCAGCAGCACUUCAGCGGGUAGACCGAGCGUCGGCAGUUGGGGUGGAAACCCAACCAUCGCCAGAAGGAUCGGCCUCUCUGACAACACCGGGAAGUAGAGUAGAGAAGAGAUGAUCCGGCCGACGAUACUAGGGAGGGUUGAGCUCUCCUGGUCUAAGUGGCACCGGAAAUGGCGUGACAGCGGCGGAGCAUCGGGAAACUCUGGUGGGGGCCUGUGCAGAGCUUGGACUGGUUCUGGCUCGUCGGCACGGCUGCAGGGUCUCUUCUGACAUCGGCGGCAGGUCAGCGUUUGUCGGUGAACAGCCAGCGACUGGGUGGAGCGGCGGAGGGUGGCUCCAGCAAGUUUAUGGUUGAGUUCCGGAGGAAAAGGUGGCAGUCAAACCAGGAGUUGAGAGACUCCGGCGGAGUGCUCGGUGAUGGCUUGUAGCGAGGCGAAGCGAGCCCCUUUUGUCACGACGGCAUGACAGGGUUCCAGCAGAGGCGAUGGCGACUGCAGCGGCAACCGCGAUCGUUUCAUCUGAUGAUCGCGGCGAGCUCCUGGCAACAAUGAGAUGGCUGGUGGCGGCAGUGGUCUCAGGCAGCGGCGGGACUUCUCGGGCAAUAGUGUCACAGAGGAACGAAGUCCUCAAUGGGGGUAUCGACAGCCUUCCUCUUCCUCCUUCCCUCCCUAUCCUAGAUCACGGAGAAAGUACUCACAAAAUGAUAAUUUCUCUCAAAAAUACGGCACUCUUUGAGGGGGGGUCCUACCUCUCUUUAUAUGGGGGCCCACAAGUGGGCUAAGGGGAGGUGGGCCCACUUGAGGCCCUCAAGCCCAUAAGCCACAAAGGCUCUUAAAGAGAGACCCAAUAAGCUCCCUUAUAAGGAGAAAGAGGAGGGCCCUCUUAUGGUGCUUAAGUGGGCCUCAAAUGAAGACCCAAAUAAGCCCCAAAAGAGGCCCAAAAAGAAAGACACAUGGUCCCCCCCCCCUAGGGUUUUAAUUGGGUCUCAAAGAGAGACCCAAUAAAACCCUAAAGAAAAGGAGACAAACAACAACACACACACAUAGAAUUGGGCCUGCUAACACACAAAUGCGAGGCCCAACAAGUCAACGUGAAAGUACAAAGAAAGAUACGGGUGAGCUCGAGCUCGUCGUCAUCGUCAUGGAGGUGGAAUGUUGUUGUCCCAAAGGGCUAGGCUGUGUAACGAAAGCCAGGCUCCUUCGUCUACGCACAUCGAUCGGGCUGAACUCAGACUGUCGGUGUCUCCUAAGCUGAUGGAGAUGGGUCUCACUUGCCAUCAAUCCUCCCGAGGUCGAAAGAACUCGACUUUGAUGAGUUGGCAAGUGGGUAAGGUAGGGGCUCCAGUAGGUCUGGUCGUAGUCGCUCUAGGUUUGCCUCUGAAAUCCAAGCAUCGUCCUCUGAUGGGCAACCCUGCCAACAUACUAGGAAUCUCUGCGAAACUCCGUCCCCUAUAAAAUCAAUUACCUCCCGAAGAAUCUCCUCAACUCGCUCAUGCCAACCAGGUGGUAAAAUGGGGGGAGUGGACUCCAUGGCAAACUCUCUCAAAGAAGGGGCCGGUAGAUGAGGGCUCGACAUCAGCUGAAAGAGGUGGGUGACGUGACUUAGUCGUUCUAUAUUAAAUCACGCAAAUAUAAAAUUUAUAAAACUAAAAAAUACAAUUUUUUAGAUAUUUAGAAGUAUUUCUAAAUAAAUAUAUCAAUUAUAAUUCAAUAAAAAUUCCAAAAAUAGCGGUAAUUUUCCAAGUCGAUCACAAGGAUGUAAUAUAAUAUCUGGUAAUUAUUCAAAAUUUUUCUCAAUGAAUAUGGUUUUCUUAUGAAAUUUAUACUAGGAAAUAAAAAGGAAAUAUAUUUAAAAUUCAUGAAAAAAAGGAAAUAAGGGUGCGGACGUUAGGAUGACGUCAGCGCCCGGCGAACGCGAAUCAGGUGGAAACAGAGUUCCGCUCGGUGAUUCUUACAUAAGCGAUUACAAACGACUUAAUUAAUCAAAUUAAGAUCUGUAAAAGCCAGAAGAAUCGUAAUUGAAUGAAGUAUAGUUUGGUAAAUUAAAAUCACACAAGAUAUCACUAAAUAAAGCGUAAAUUAAAUUGAAAGCAGGAAAACAGAGUUCCGGCGUCGCGACAGCGAUGCACCGGCGAUGCACCGGCGAUGCAUCAGAAUCCUAAGCGUUCGAGAGGAUCGUCGUGUAGUGUGCACGGCCUCGAAGGCUCUCCUUGGACAAAGACGACGUGGGUAAUCUCUAGAUCUUCUCGCAAAGUCUAGAGAUCAAUGAAGUGGGUUGUCAAAUCGUCUCCGGCAGGUGUCACCCGGUGGAGCAGAAAAACGGCGACUUUGCGGCUCUUUAGCGGCUGUCACCCGACGAAGAGGAGCUGGAUGGAGGUGGGGUGCAUGUCAAGGAGCUUCAUCCUCAGGUCCGCGCAACAAGAGGAGGCUCUUCAUCACAUCUGGUACUCUCUGAGGUGGUGGCGACUGGUCUCCUGGCGGACCGUCCUCUUCCCGACGACGGCUUGUUCGUCGAUCAAUCAGAGAUGAUUUACUCGAUGGAUUUGCGAUCCUUUUAUCGUGAAUCGUUUAGCAAUUUUAGUAGCAAUGCUCCGCGAAUCGCGUUGACGAGAUUUUUGCCGAUGAUCCAGCGAUUCUCGUUGCUUAAAUCCUUCACUAGCAAUAUGCAGGAAAGUUGUGAUAAUUAGAUAAAAAUAUAUGAAUUUUGACUCUGAGAGGAUUCAAACCCGCGCCGGUCGCCCGCCUCUUCUGAGGAAGGUGUGACGCGGGUUUAGUCCCACAUCAGUUGUGUGCCGAUUUUUCGGGCAAAUAUAUAGUAAUGUUAAUUUUCUAAACAAAUUCUCUUCUCUCACAUGUAUGACCACUCCUUGCCUCAUAGCCGGCUAGCCAUCGGUGAUGUGGAAGGUAACGUGACUCACUCGUUGUAUAUUAAAUCACACAAAUAUAAAAUUUAUAAAACUAGAAAAUAGAAAUUUUCAGAUAUUUAGAAGUAUUUCUAAAUAAAUAUAUUAAUUAUAAUUCAAUAAAAAUUCCAAACAUAGCGGUAAUUUUCCAAGUCGAUCACAGGGAUGUAAUAUAAUAUCUGGUAAUUAUUCAGAAUUUUUCUCAAUGAAUAUGAUUUUCUUACAAAUUUUACACUAGGAAAUAAAAAGGAAAUAUAUUUAAAAUUCACGAAAAAAAGAAAAUAAGGGUGCGGACGUUAGGAUGAUGUCAGCACCCGGUGAAUGCGAAUCAGGCGAAAACAGAGUUUCGCCCAACAAUUCUUACAUAAGCGAUUACAGACGACUUAAUUAAUCAAAUUAAGAUCUGUAAAAACCGGAAGAAUCGUAAUUGAACGAAGUAUAGUUUGGUAAAUUAAAAUCACGCAAAGUAUCACUAAAUGAAGCGUAAAUUAAAUUGAAAGCAGGAAAACAGAGUUCCGGCGUCGCGACGGCGAUGCGUCGGCAAUGCACUGGAAUCCUGAGCGUUUGGGAGGAUCGUCGUGUAGUGUCCACGGCCUCGAAGGCUCUCCUUGGACAAAGACGACGUGGGCAAUCUCUAGAUCUUCUCGCGAAGUCUAGAGAUCAAUGAAGUGGGUCGUCGAAUCGUCUCUGGCAGCUGUCACCUGGCGGAGCAGAAAAACAGCAACUUUAUGGCUCUCCGGCAGCUGUCACCCGACGAAGAGGAGCUGGAUGGAGGUGGGGCGCGUGUCAGGGAGUUUCAUCCUCAGGUCCGCGCAGCAAGAGGAGGCUCUUCAUCGCAUCUAGUACGCUCUCAGGAGGUGGCGACUGGUCUCUCGGCGGAUCGUCCUCUUCCCGACGAUGGCUUAUUCGUUGAUCAAUCAGAGAUGAUUUACUCGAUGGAUUUGCAAUCCUUUUAUCGCGAAUCAUUCGGCAAUUUUAGUAGCAAUGCUCCGCGAAUCGAGUUGACGAGAUUUUCGCCAAUGAUCUAGUGAUUCUCGUUGCUUAAUCCUUCAUCGAUGAUCUGCAGGAAAGUCACGAUAAUCAAAUAAAAAUAUAUGAAUUUUGACUUUGGAAGGAUUCAAACCCACAUCAAUUGCCGGCCUGUGAGGAAGGUGUGAUGCGGGUUUAGUCCCACAUCAGUUGUGCGUCAAUUUUUCAGGCAAAUAUAUAGUAAUGUUAACUUUGCAAGCAAAGUCCCUUCUCUCGCGUGUACGACCGCUCCUUGCCCCACAGCCGGCUGGCCACCAGUGACAUGGAAAGGGAGUGCCUCUGUCGGUCCUAGCUAAGCCGCUCGAGCCCCUGCUCGCGGCUACUCCCUGACUGUGCUUCCGACCCGCUCGCGGUCCCAGCUGGGUGGCAGGUCCCCCCUAUUUUGCAAUAUUUUUUAUUUUUAUUUCUUGUUCUUCAUUUAUCUCAAAAGUAGGACUAUAAAAAUCAUAUAAAAUCACAUAAUUACCCAAAAAUUCACGUUAAUUAAUUGAAGACCAAACAUCAUUCUUUAACACAAAUAUAAGUCUAUUUAUCAUGAGUUAAGACUAAAACUAUAUUAUUUACUAAUUAUUAACUCAUGAUAAUGAAGACUUAUCACACCCCCCAACUUAAAUCAUUACUAGUCCCUUAGCAAUAGAAUUACGAAAAUAAAAUUUUACAAAUCUCAAACAUCAUAUUUCAAUACAGAAAAAAAAUAUAUAAUUAGAAAUGAUGUACCUUUAAACACUUUGGAUUCUUAUAUCAAGUAUAUAAGAAUGAUGUCAAGCACUUAAAUGUUUAAACACUCCUUGGAAUAACAAUCUAGACUUCACUUCUUUAUCACUUCUUCACUUAUAGAUGUAUUUACAAGAUGUUCCAAUUAUCAAUACUCAUCCAAGAAUAAUAUUGAUCUUACAUUUCCCUUUUCUAUGACUUGAUUUUUUAAGUUUACACUAUAUUUCAUCCUUUUUUUUUUUUUAAUAAAUAGUGGAUAAGUAGCUUUUCCUGUAGACAAAUUUCGACAAUAAGAAUGAUGUCUCACACCCUCUAUGUGUACUCUUCAUUUUUAGGGCUUUCACUUUAUCCACUUAUUUUUCAGCAAGUGUUUUUCUAUGCACGAUUUUCGACAAUGAGAAUGAUGUCUCACACCCUCCAUGUGUACUCUUCGUUUCUAGAUUUUUCACAUUGCUCUCUUUUUUUUUUUUUUUUUUGCAAUAAGUGAUUUCUCCUCACAAGUCCUAUAGAUCAGGGUGCAAAAAUCUCCAUUAAACUCAAAUGAUCAAUCAAAUUUUCACAUCAAGUAAAUACUAUCCAUCAAAAUCAUGAAGUGAAAAUCUGUAAAAUCAAAUCCAUGUUAUCUAUCAUGUAUCCAAGGAGUAUUCCAACAUUUUAUGCUACUAGAUCAUUCUUUUGACUCAAUAAUAAUCUUCCUAGUAUCUUUUGAUAUCAAUCAAUCUAAUUGAUUUAAUUUUUCAUGCAUGUAAUAUGAUGUAAGGAAUUUGUAAAUUAGAUAGUUUUGACAAUUCCAUUUUCUAUUUUAAGUUCUAUUUUUAGCAGCAAUAAAUUUGUCAAAAAUAAAUCAAAACUAUCUUCUUUAUAGUUGUAAUUUCGAAUUUUAGUAAUAUAUAUCUAGGGGAUUGAAAUGUGAGAAAAAGGUCUUCUAGAAUUUCAAAUUUGGGGCUGUUUUUUGUCUGCUGUUUUUGACAGUCUGUUGUUUCUGACAGAAAAUCAGAAAAUAGAUGUUGCAAUUUUUCUGAAUUUUAUUUUAUUUUUAUUUUUUAGUUGCCGUUCUAAGUUGAAUAAAAUGCAAACACAUGUUCUUAAUCGUCCUACAGCAUAAAUUAAUAAUGAAUACUUCACCCCCCAACUUAAAAAUGACAUUGUCCUCAAUGACACAAAAAACUCGAAAUAGAAUAUGCAGAAAAUAUAAUUUUCAAGUGAAGCAUGCAUAUCUGUAAAGUUAAGCGUUAAAAAUAUUUUCAUAAAUGAUGAAGCUCAGAAAGACAUCACCUCAACCUUAUUUUUAAUUUUCCACUUCAUCCUACACUCCUCCUCCUGCACUUUUUCGAAAAAAAACAAAUAUAGAAACAAGUACUGCAAAAUUCUAAGAAAAACAAAGCUUAAAAAAAAUCAAACAGAAUGAAAUAAAAACUAUGGGUUGCCUCCCAUGCAGCGUUGAAUUUAAUGUCUCUAGCUGGACAACUCUUAUAUCAUAUAAGAUGAUCUAUGGCCAUCAAAAUAUAUUUGUAUCCCAAGGUAAGCUUCAUGAUAUUCUUUUUCAGAUUUAGCAUAAAUUCAUAUACUUCAUAUAUAUACCUUGACAUACUUUCAGCCAAAACAAAAUGGAAAUUAACAAAAAUUUCCCAAAAAUAAUAUUUCCAUUUUGAAAAGAAUCUUUCCUUAUUUCUAUCUUGUUUUGUUAGGCUCUCAUUCAUUAAUAAAUACUUUCUAUUAAUAAACCAUAAAAUGUGAUCAGGCCAUAUAAUUUUCAAAUUAGCUCUUGCCCCAUCUAAAUUUUUUUCAUCUAACUUGGUAUCUCUAAUUCUUCCACUCACCCAUUUCUUAAUGUCUUCUUUUAUCUUCCCCUGCUCCUUUUUAUCUUCCCCUGCUCCUUUUUAUCUUCCAUACAUAUUUGUUCAAUUUGCGAGGAGUGAAAUAUUUCAAGCUUAGAAAUAAUUCUAAUGGGUUGUGGGUUUUGAAGGAUGGAAGGAUUGCCUUCUUUAAUCUCAGAUCUAAUGAAUUCAGUAAAAUUCAAAUUUUCUCCUCCAAAAUUAUCUCUAUAUUCAUAUAUAUUAUUUUUGUUUGUUCCCAUUAGUUGAAUCAAUUCUUUUUCUAGCUUUUCGUUUCUCAACUCAUCAAGUUCUUCAUCUUCCCAAGAGCUAUCUUUUAAUUUUGGGAUAUGAAAUACAUCAUCAUCCUCACAAUCAACAUCCAUGGCUGCAAAAUUAUGAUUAGAUUUAUUAAUUUCGUCUCCUACAUCUCCCAAAUCAAUUGAUUUUUCCUCACCUGAAAUAUAUUUUUCUUCAUUUCUGUCCUUACUCCGUUCUACUAAAAUUUGGAUGAUUUUUCUAUGAUCAGUUGCUGUUUCUUCAUCUAAGGGUUCUUUCUCCUCAUCAUCCUCACUAUAUUCAUUCAUCAAUUGUGAGCAAUAAAUGAUUUUAUUCAAAUUUUCUGCUACUAUAUUUUUGGCCUUAAUAUUCUCAUUUACUUCUAAUGGAUCAUCAAUUUCUUCUAAUAAUUGGAAAUAAGGAUCAGGUAAAAUAUUCUCACUCAAUAUAUUCACUGUCCUAACAUUUUCAUUUCGUGGGUUUUUUUCUAAAUUUAUCCAGCUAGACUCUUCUUGCUGAAAUCUUACUGUUUGAUAGUUUUUUGAAUUUUCUAUGGGCUGACUAGGUAGUUGUCCCUCUUCUCUCUUAUUCCCAAGGGCCUCUAUAAUUUGUUUCUGGUGCUGCAUCAUUUGUUGCAUCAUUUGAUUCAUAGUUUGUUGCAUCAUUUGGCUCAUUUGCUACAUCAUUUCCAUAGCAUCAGGUUGGGUUUGAGAGGGCUGAUUUUUCUGAAAUCUAUUUUCUUGUUUUGGACGAAAUUCAGAGUUUGAAUUGGGUCUAAGUGCUUAUGGAUUUUGAAUAUUAUUUGGGUCUCUCUUUGAAAAAUUAUUCCUCCAAUUAGGAUUAUAAGAAUUUGAAAAAUGUUCCCUAUUUCUAUUAAAACCGUGAGCUACUUGCACUUGUUCUUGCAUAUGGUGAAAUGAUUGAUCUAAAUUAUAACAUUGAAAUUCAGAAUAAUCAUUUUCACCAUACAUAGGACAUGUACUAUUCGAAUUAAGUUGAGGGUUAAAAGGCUUUCUAAUAUUGUCAAUAAGUAAAUCAUUUUUUCUAAUCUUUGAUUAAUUUGAUUAACCUCAUUUCUAAGUUUAGAAUCAUCAUCAUGAUGCAACUCAUAAAUUACUCUCUUCUUAUCCCUAUCAUAUAAUUCAAAAGAGGCUUGAUCUCUAGAAUUUUCACUUAAAUUCUCAUAAAGACUGUAAAUCUCAUCAAGAGUUUUCUCCAUAAAAGCUCCUCCACAUAUAGAAUCAACCAUAUUUCUAUUUUGUUCUAAUAAUUCAUCAUAAAAAAUUCUAUUGAGCUGCCACUUGGGUAUAGCAUGAUGAGGACACUUUCUAAGUAAAUCUUUGAAUUUUUCCCAUGUCUCAUGCAAAGUUUUUCCUGGUCUUUGAGAAAAACUCCACAUAUGUUUUCUCAUAUUUUGAGUUUUUCCUAAGGGAUAAAAUUUUCGAAGAAAGGCCUAUUCUAUAUCUUUCCAGCUAAUUAAUUCUCUAUCUAAUGUGGAUAGCCAAUGACUAGUUUUUGUCCCUAAGUGUAUGAGGGAAUAAUUUCAUCUUAAUAAUUUUCGGUGUAACUUGAGGGAGAUUAACUAAAUCACAGACCAUAUGAAAUUUUUCUAAGUGCUGAUGAGGUUCCUCUAAAGGCAAUCCAUGAUAAUUAGGGAGUAUUUGAAAAAUUUCUAGAUUUAUUUCAAAUUUAAUAGUGGGUGCUAAUGGGACUCUAAUAUUACAUGCUCUUUGAAAUGAAUCAGGGAUAUAAUGAUUUUUCAUGGCCAUAGGAUUGUUCUCAAUUUGACCUGUACUUCCUUCAAGAUCCAUCAAAAUUAAUUUUUCUUUUGGAUUUUUAUUUUUGAAUGAAAUAAUGAAAGGAUUUUCUAGCCUUGGAUGCAAGGAUCUUCUACCAUGCAUAAAAAUCAAUAAAUUUGAGGGAAAAAGUUAGUAACUAUUACCCUCCUUCAGGAUGCUCUAGUCUUUGCUAUGCUUCUUUUUGUUCCCUUUUUGUAAUAAAAAUCGGCAAAAAGAAAAUAAAACAAGAGUUAAGUUUUUUUUUGUGUAUAUUAAGAGAAAAAUAGAAAAAUACUAAAUAUUAUGUAAUACAUCCCCAGCAACGGUGCCAAAAUUUGACGUGACUCAGUCGUUGUAUAUUAAAUCACGCAAAUAUAAAAUUUAUAAAACUAGAAAAUAUGAAUUUUUGGAUAUUUAGAAGUAUUUCUAAAUAAAUAUAUCAAUUAUAAUUCAAUUAAAAUUUCAAAAAUAGCGGUAAUUUUCCAAGUUGAUCACAAGGAUGUAAUAUAAUAUAUGGUAAUUAUUCAAAAUUUUUCUCAAUGAAUACAAUUUUCUUACGAAUUUUACACUAGGAAAUAAAAAGGAAAUAUAUUUAAAAUUCACGAAAAAAAGGAAAUAAGGGUGCGGACGUCAAGAUGACGUCAGCGCUCGGCAAAUGCGAAUCAGGCGGAAACAGAGUUCCGCUUGGCAAUUCUUACGUAAGCGAUUACAGACAACUUAAUUAAUCAAAUUAAGAUCUGUAAAAGUCAGAAGAAUUGUAAUUGAACGAAGUAUAGUUUGGUAAAUUAAAAUCACACAAAGUAUCACUAAAUGAAGUGUAAAUUAAAUUGAAAGCUGGAAAAAAGAGUUCCGGCAUUGCAACGGCGAUGCGUCGGUGAUGCACCGGAAUCCUAAGCAUUCGGGAGGAUUGUCGUGUAGUGUCCACGGCCUCGAGGGCUCUCCUUGCACAAAGACGACGUGGGCAAUCUCUAGAUCUUCUCGCGAAGUCUAGAGAUCAAUGAAGUGGGUCAUCGAGUCGUCUCCGGCGGCUGUCACCUGGUAGAGCGGAAAAACGGCGACUUUACAACUCUCUGGCAGCUGUCACCUGACAGAGAGGAGCUGGAUGGAGGUGGGGUGUGUGUCAGGGAGCUUCAUCCUCAGGUCCGCGCAACAAGAGGAGGCUCUUCAUCACAUCUGGUAUGCUCUCAGGAGGUGGUGACUGGUCUCUCGGCGAAUUGUCCUCUUCCCGACGACAGCUUGUUCGUCGAUCAAUCGGAGAUGAUUUACUCGAUGGAUUCACAAUCCUUUUAUCGUGAAUCGUUCAGCAAUUUUAAUAGCAAUGCUUCGCGAAUCGCGUUGACGAGAUUUUCGCCGAUGAUCCAGCGAUUCUUGUUGCUUAAUCCUUCACCGACGAUCUGUAGGAAAGUUGCGAUAAUCAAAUAAAAAUAUAUGAAUUUUGACUUUGGAAGGAUUCGAACCCAUGCCGGUCGCCUGCCUGUAAGGAAGGUGUGAUGCGGAUUUAGUCCCACAUUAGUUGUGCGCCGAUUUUUUGGGCGAAUAUAUAGUAAUGUUAACUUUGCAAGCCAAGUCCUUUCUCUCGUGUGUACGACCACUCCUUGCCCCAUAGCCGGCUGGCCACCAGUGACAUGGAAGGGGAGUGGCGCACACAUGCCCCUAUCGGUCCAAGCUAAGCCGCUCGAGCCCUUGCUCGCAGCUACUCCCCGACUGCACUUCUGACGCGCUCGCAGGCCCAACUAGCUGGCGGGUCCCCCUCAUUUUGCAAUAUUUUUUAUUUUUAUUUCUUGUUCUUCAUUUAUCUCAAAGGUAAGACUAUAAAAAUUGUAUAAAAUCACAUAAUUACCCAAAAAUUCACGUUAAUCAAUUGAAAACCAAAAAUCAUUCUUUAAGACAAAUAUAAGUCUAUUUAUCAUGAGUUAAGGCUAAAAAUAUAUUAUUUACUAAUUAUUAACUCAUGAUAAUGAAGACUUAUCAAAAGGGAAGUGGCGUACACGUGCCCUAUCGGUCCCCAAGCCAAGCCGCUCGAGCCCCUAAUUGCGGCUACUCCUCGACUGCACUUCCGACUCACUUGUGGGCCCGGCUGGCCAACGGAUCCCCUCAUUUUUGUAAUAUUUUUAUUUUUAUUUCUUGUUCUUCAUUAUCUCAAAAGUAAGACUGUAAAAAUCGUAUAAAAUCACAUAAUUACCCAAAAAUUCACGUUAAUCAACUGAAAACUACAAAUCAUUUUUUAACACAAAUAUAAGUCUAUUUAUCAUGAGUAAAGGCUAAAACUAUAUUAUUUACUAAUUAUUAACUCAUGAUAAUGAAAACUUAUAAGUGGGGCUUGCUGCGACACCAAAUCCACCAUGUUGAACGUGGAGCUAAUCUCCCACGAAGGAGGAAUGUUGACGACAUAGGCGUUCUCGCCUAUCCGGGAAAGAACACGAAAUGGGCCGGUGCUAUGAGUGUGAGGGUCCAGGGGUACUAGAUCUAGGGGCUUGCGGGGUGUUAAGCCAUGUGUGAUCUCAAAGGGGCUCAUGCUAGUGGUAUAGUUGGUCGAGGAGUUACAAGCAAACUCGGCACAUGGUAUGAUCAGAUCCCAAGUGGUCAAGCUCUCGCCAACUAAUGAUCGAAGUAAAUUCUCUAAGCUAUGAUUGACGACCUCAGUUUGGCCGUCAGUUUGUGGGUGGUAAGCAGUGGAGAACUUGAGCUUAGUCCCAAGUAAGCUCGAAAGAGUCCUCUAGAAGUGGCUGGUAAAUCGUACAUCACAGUCUGAGACUAUGGACCUGGGUAGUCCAUGAAGGCACACAAUCUCUCUAAAGUAGAGGCUAGUAACCUUGGAGGUGUCGAAGGUUUUUGAACAUGGCACGAAGUGUGCCAUCUUUGAAAACCUAUCAACGACCACCAUGAUCGAGUCAUGUCGUCGUGCAAUGCGUGAGGGUCCCAAAAUGAAGUCCAUGUUGAUGUCGUCCUAUGGGUGGGUCAACACUAGAAGUGGCAUGUAGAGCCCAACAUUCUUCUUUACCUACUUGGCGAGUGCGCACACUCGACAUUGAGCGAGAAUGUUCCCUACAUCAUGCUUGAGGGUUGGCCAAUAGAACUGGUACUCAACCGCUGUGAUGGUCUUAUCGCAACCGAAAUGGCCAAAUAGACUUCCUACGUGACAUUCCCAAGUGAAGAAGUCACGGAAGGAUGUGCGUGGAAUGCACAAGUUUCUCCUAAAGAACAGACAUCUAUUGACCACAAAGAAAUCCUUAUGAUCACGGGAUGGACCAUCUGAGAGUGCUUGUAUCCUGAGUGGCACUUGGCACUGUUGACAAAUGGGUAGUGCAGUGGCGUCUAUCCACAAUACAUUGUAAGGGGCUGGAUGGCGGAUAGUACUCAGCCUUGCCCUCUGCAAGACCUGGUCUAACAUAGUACUGAUGCAACUGUUGCUAUCGAUGAUCACCUUGCACGCGUAUUCUUUGAUCUUCACAUAAGUGUAGAAGAUCGACGUGCAAAGGAGAUCAUCUGUCGUAGGUGAAGAUGUGGGCAUAGUUGUCCUUGGUGCUGGGGUAAUCUCUCUAGCUGCCGUGAUGUUUGGGCGUGGUGUAGGAAUCGCAUCUCAAGAUGGAUGCUGGACAGUGAUGCUGACCCGUCCCCUCGAUGAAGUGCUUGUCAAUGAGGCAGCGAGAGAGGCAGCCUCAGCUGCUAGUACAGUGGCUGGCUGGAUCUGCAUGUUGCCAGUCAAAUUAGGAGUGUCAUCACACUCCUCAACCAAACCCUCAUUAGUAAUGUAGACAACAUCACCUACAAGGACAUCAUCCUCAUGUGAACUACUACCCAAUUCUUCGAUCUCUAUGAGGAGAUUUGAAGAUGGGCAUUGGCUCAUACUACUAUUUACCCUUACACUUGAAACAAGUGAUAUGGGCUUAGGACGCGGCCGUGGCACAAUCAGAUGCAUCAGCUAGUGGUAGACAUAGGGGUGGUGCAGACCCUAUUGAUGUCGCCGGUGUAGUCCGUCUAUUUCCUAUGCUAGUACGCAUCGAUGCUAUUGUCAGUGUCUGUACAGAUCAUGUGGACACAAUCUUCGUGGUAGUCGGAGGUGGGGUGAACUGUGUGUCCUCAACAGGUUGCUCCAUAUGGUCUACUAUGCGGUACCACCAGGAAUAGGAGUUCAUACUAGACUCCCAAUCUAUGAAGUUCUUGGGCUCAUGAGAGCCAUCAAAGACUACCACAUCAGUGCACACACUUUUCAGUAUGUGGACCCUGUGAUCCUCACGUCGCCUAUCUCGAUCAUCCAAUCGAGCAGCCCUAUGGUCACCACCAAAGUCACAAUAAGGAGGACUUAGGUAAUGCCUUUGAUCCUAGUAACGAUCUUGGUGGGCAUCUUAGGGUGCUCGGUGAAAGUCCAGAGCAUGUUGGUAGUCACAAUAGUAAUCAUCGCGAUCUCGUGGCUGACGCUCUUCUUGCCGAUCAAGCUCCUCUCGUCGGGAAGGGUUAGCUCUAUAACCCGAAAGGUCUCUCCUAUCGUUUCCCUGGUCACGUUCGAGGGGUCGAUAGUCCUCAUAGUGGGGUCGAGGUGGUGGUGGUGGUGGACGUGAGAGAUCAUCCCUAUGAGCAGGGUAGACCAGCUCACGGUGAUCAUAAGUAUCUUGUGGCUAACGACUGUCCACUCGAUCGUGGCCAUCCUUGUGAUGAGGUGUGUCGUGACGACGAAGAUUCCCUCGACGAUGAUCAUGAUCGAGGUACUGGUGAUAAUAUGGAUCACUAUAGGGGCUCACAGGCCGGCGGGGCUCGCGAUGCUCUUAAUAUGCCUAUGUAAUAGGCGGUGCGGUCAAUGGUGCGACUGGAUAUGCGAUCGACAGUGGAGCUAGCGGCGGUGGACCAUGAGCUACGGCUACAAAGGUAGCUUGCUCUAGACGUUCAAUAGCUUGGGUCAUGCUACUCAUGAUAUCAUCUAGGAGGGGGUGCACUCCAUCCCUCAAAGGGUACCAAGGCAAAGGUUGCCAUCGGCCACCUCUGUCAUGACCCCUAAUACUCUUUGAUGGAUAGUAGGGCAUGGAUUCCUUCCUAGCUUGACGGCUCGUAGCUGCGGGCAGCUAGGGCCACCCUGAUGCCUCUCCGACCAACCUAUGGCUUGGAGUCUCCCAUGGUCAGGAGGGGUCUGGUACUGAAUCCGUUGGUCUCGACGGAGAUGGUGGACUUGUGUCCAGUCUAGCUACUUGGGGAGUAGUGGGUUCUAAGGACUCGCGUGAGUGCCAUGACGACGGUGAACCUCCUCGAGCUCUGGCCAAGCGUGUCUCUACUAUGGCUGGGUCCUCUGGGUGCCUAGAUGCCAAUACACUCCUAUAUGAAUGGUCAACUAGGGGUAUGGAAGCUCGAUGAGCGUCCUCAGGGGACCAAGUUUAGGUGGUAACCUAACCUGGCUCUAAUACCAAUUUUAUGUAGGACGGGGUGAGAACCCCCUAUACCUGAUCAAUGAAACUCGAGACUCGAGCUGGGCAAUCGGACCAAUCUGAUAAGAAUAUUUAGAUCAUAGACUCCAAGUCUAGGCACGUAACUUAAGCCUAAGCAGGUGUACCAAUAUGUGUGAUCAACCUAGGACAACCUAGGGAAAUACUUGACGAUGAUAAAUGAGAGGCCCUCUUGGUCCACAUCCGAACAGACAGUAGGACUAUUGUCGUGAAGUAGCCUAGGGCUGCAGCUCACGAACUGUGAUGAGUCUAGCACAACGUCAGAAGUCACGAUCCGAUAACUUGUCCUAUCCUAUCUACGUGCUCCUGAUGGCAGUAGAGACGAGCUGAGAAAACCCUUCGAAAGAUAAUUAAACUUAAGUAAGAAAGGGUACGGAGUUAACCUUCAGGGCUGCAUAGCUUGGCAGGUUGUGAUGGAGCGGAGAUCUGACGAAGGUAGGGACGUUCGGUGAAGAGCGAUGCUCAGCGUCGACGGUCGGUCCUGGUCGAGAGUCAUGGAAGUUGUCGUCUUAGGGCGUGGCAUGGUCGGCACGGGCGUGGACCUGCUGGUGGGCCGAAGGGCACGCUAGCGGGUGCGGGAGACAAGCCGCACAGAGGCCUUAGGGCACAUAGGAGACAGCAUGCGGUGGCAGCACUUUGGCAGGAAGGCCGAGCAUCUGUGGCACUUCGGUGGGAAUGCCGAGCAUCAGUGGCGCUUCAGCGGGUAGGCCGAGCGUCGGUGGUUGGGGCGGAAACCCAACUGUCGCCAGAAGGAUUGGCCUCUCUAGCGGUGCCAGGAAGCGGAGCAGAGAGGAGACGAUCUGGCCGAUGAUACCGAGGGUUGAGCUCUCCUGGUCUAAGCGGCACCAGAAACAGUGUGACGGUGGUGGAGCAUCAGGAAACUCUGGCGGGGGCCUGUGCAGAGCUUGGACUGGUUCUGGCUCGUCGGCAUGGCUGUAGGGUCUCUUCCGACGUUGGCAGCAGGUCAGCGUUCGUCGGCGAACAGCCAGCGACUGGGUGGAGCAGCGGAGGGCAGCUAUGGCGAGUUUAUGGCGGACUUCCAGAGGAAAAGGCAGCAGUCGAACUAGGAGUUGAGAGACUCCGGCAGAGUGCUUGGCGACGGCUCGUAGCAAGGCGAAGCAAGCCCCUUUUGUCACGACGGUGUGACAGGGUUCCAACAAAGACGGCAGCGGCUGCAGCAGUAACCGCAAUCGUUUCAUCUGAUGACGACGGCGAGCUCCCGGGCAACAAUGAGAUGGCCGGCAGCGGCAGUGGUCUCAGGCGGCGGUAGGACUUCUCGGGCAGUAGCAUCACAGAGGAACAAAGUCCUCAAUGGGGGUAUCAACGGCCUUCCUCUUCCUCCUUCCCUCCCUAUCCUAGAUCAUGGAGAAAGUACUCACAAAAUGAUAAUUUCUCUCAAAAAUACGGCACUCUUUGAGGGGGGGUCCUACCUCUCUUUAUAUGGGGGCCCACAAGUGGGCUAAGGGGAGGUGGGCCCACUUGAGGCCCUCAAGCCCAUAAGCCACAAAGGCUACAAAAGGGGCUUAUUGGGCCUCUUAAAGAGAGACCCAAUAAGCUCCCCUAAAAGGAGAAAGAGGAGGGCCCUCUUAUGGUGCUUAAGUGGACCUCAAAUGAAGACCCAAAUAAGCCCCAAAAGAGGCCCAAAAAGAAAGACACAUAGGUCCCCCCCCCCCCCUAGGGUUUUAAUUGGGCCUCAAAGAGAGACCCAAUAAAACCCUAAAGAAAAGGAAACAAACAACAACACACACACAUAGAAUUGGGCCUGCUAACACACAAACACGAGGCCCAACAAGUCAACGUGAAAGUACAAAGAAAGAUACGGGUGAGCUCAAGCUCAUCGUCAUCGCAGAGGUGGAAUGUCAUUGUCCCAAAGGGCUAGGCUGUGUAGCAAAAGCCAGGCUCCUUCAUCUGCACACGUCGAUCGGGCUGAACUUAGACUGUCAGUGUCUCGUAAGCUGAUAGAGACAGGUCCUACUCGCCAUCACUCUAUGAAUCGCGUUGACGAGAUUUUUGCUAAAGAUCCAACGAUUCUCGUUGCUUAAUCCUUCACUGGCAAUCUACAGGAAAGUCGCGAUAAUCAAAUAAAAAUAUAUGACUUUUGACUUUGGGAGGAUUCGAAGCUGUGACGUGGGUUUAGUCCCACAUCGGUUGUGCAUUGAUUUUUUGAGCGAAUAUAUAGUAAUGUUACAUUUCUAAGCAAAGUUCCUUCUCUCACGUGUACAACCACUCUUUGCCCCACAGUUGUUAGCCACUAGUGACAUGGAAGGGGAGUGGCACACAUGUGCCCCUAUCGGUCCAAGCCACUUGAGCCCUUGCUUGCAGCUACUCCUCGACUGAGCUUCCAACCUGCUUACGAGCCCAGUUGGCUGGUGGGUCCCCCCAUUUUACAAUAUUUUUAUUUUCAUUUCUUAUUCUUCAUUUAUCUCAAAAGUAAGACUAUAAAAAUCAUAUAAAAUCACAUAAUUACCCAAAAAUUCACAUUAAUCAACUGAAAAAACCUUUUCAUACUUUAACACAAAUAUAAGUCUAUUUAUCAUGAGUUAUGGCUAAAACUAUAUUAUUUACUAAUUAUUAAUUCAUGAUAAUGAAGACUUAUUAAUAUACAAUAGAGAGAUCAAGAAAAUUCUCAAGAAAAUCAUUUGGCCAAAUGAGAAGGACUAGGCAAACAAGCUUUUUGAUGCUCUAUGGGCUUAUAGAACUACUUACAAGUCUUCAUUAUCAUGAGUUAAUAAUUAGUAAAUAAUAUAGUUUUAGCCUUAACUGAUGAUAAAUAGACUUAUAUUUAUGUUAAAGUGUGAAAAGUUGUUUUUAGUUGAUUAAUGUGAUUUUAUACGAAUUUAUAUGAUUUUUACAGUCUUACUCUUGAGAUAGAUGAAGAAAAAGAAAUAAAAAUAAAAAUAUAGCAAAAUGGGGGGACCUGCCGGGCAGCUGAGCCUACAAGUAUGUCGAAAGCGCAAUCAGGGAAGAGUUGUGAGCAAGGGCUCGAGCAGCAAUGAUCAAUAGGGGCACAUGUGCGCCACUCCCCUUCCAUAUCACCGGUGGGCAGUCGACUGUGGGGCAAGGAGUGGUCGUACAUGCACGAGAAAGGGACUUGCCUUCAAAUGUAACAUUACUAUAUAUUCGCUCAAAAAUUUAGCACACAAAUGAUGUGGGACUAAACCCGCAUCACCUUCCCAAGAAAGGGCAGGCAACCGACACAAGUUUGAAUCCUCCUAAAGCCAAAACUCCUAUUUUUUUAUCUAAUUAUCACGACUUUUUUGUAGAUCACUGGUGAAGGAUAAAGCAACCCGAAUCAUUAGAUCAUCGGCAAAAAUCAUAUCAACGCAAUUCGGGAGCAUUGCUACUAAAAUUGCUGAACGAUUCGCGAUAAAAGGACCGUGAAUCUAUUGAGUAAAGCAUCUUCGAUUGAUCGACGAACAAGCUGUUGUUGGAAAGAGGACGAUCCAUCGGGAGAUAAGUCGCUACCUCCUAAAAGUGUGCCAGAUGUGAUGAAGAGCCUCCUCUUACUACACAGACUUGAGGAUGAAGCUCUUUGAUAUGCACCCCACCUCCAUUCAGCUCCUCUCUGUCGGGUGACAGCCGCCAGAGAGCCACAAAGUCGUGAUUUUCCCACUUUGCCGGGUGACAGCCACCGGAGAUGAUUCGAUGACCCAUCUCUAGACUUCACAAGGAGAUCUAGAGAUUGCCUAUAUCAUCCUUGUCCAAGGAGAGAGCCUUUGAGGUUGUGGACACUACAUGAUGAUCCUCCCGAACACUCAAGAUUCUGAUGCAUCGCUGAUGCAUUGUCACCGCCACACCAGAACUAUUUUUUCUUGCUUUCAACUUAAUUUCCAUUUCAUUUAGUGAUAAUUUAUUGAUUUUCAAUUUACUAAGAUAUAUUUCAUUACAUUAUAAUUGUUUCAACUUUUAUAGAUCUUAAUUUGAUCAAUUAAAUCAUCUGUAAUUACUUACAUAAGAAUCACUAGGCAAAACUUUGUUUCUGCUUGAUUCGCAUUCACUGGGCGCUGAUGUCAUCCUGACAUCUGCACCCUUAUUUCCCUUUUUUGUGAAUUUUAAAUAUAUUUCUUUUUCAUUUCCUAGUAUAAAAUUCAUAGAAAAUAGUAUUAUUUGUGAAAAAUUUUAAAUAAUUAUGAGAUAUUAUAUUACAUCUCUAUAAUCGACCUAAAAAAUUAUUGCUAUUUUUGGAAGUUUUAUUGAAUUGUAAUUGAUAUAUUUGUUCAAAAAUACCUCUAAAUAUCUGAAAAAUCAUAUUUUCUAGUUUUAUAAAUUUUAGAUUUGCAUGAUUUAAUAUACAACGACUAAGUCACAUCACUUAUAUAUGGGAGAACUUGUCAUCUUACAAUUGAAAUUGAGCACAAGGUAUAUUGGGCUAUUAAGAAGCUCAAUCUCUCAUUAGAUGAGGCCAUAAUGAAAAGAAUGCUUCAACUUCAUGAGUUCCAAGAGCUAAGGAAUGAAGCAUUCAAGAAUUCAGUCAUCUUCAAAGAAAGGAUGAAAGCCUUUCAUGACAAGUAUAUCAAAAAGAGUGUGGUUAUAUAAUUCUAAUCUAAAACUCUUUUUAGAGAAGUUAAGGUCUAGAUGGGACAACCCCCCUUAGUGGGAGAGUUGCCACCAAAUCCCAUAAGAACUCCUGAGUUAAGCAUGCUUGGGUGAGAGUAGUCCUCAGAUGGGUAACACAUGCUGCCUAGUAUGUCACCAUGCCAAGAUGUCUCGAGCUUCGAAGAACGUGCCAAGAGGCACCCCUACUGAUAAGUCUUCAUUAUCAUAAGUUAAUAAUUAGUAAAUAAUAUAGUUUUAGCCUUAACUGAUGAUAAAUAGACUUAUAUUUGUGUUAAAGAAUGAUUUUUGGUUUUCAAUUGAUUAACAUGAAUUUUUGGGUAAUUAUGUGAUUUUAUAGGAUUUUUACAAUCUUACUUUUGAGAUAAAUGAAGAAUAAGAAAUAAAAAUAAAAAUAUUGCAAAAAUGGGGGCACCCGCCGGCCAGCCAGGCCCGCAAGCAGGUCAGAAGCGCAGUCGGGGAGUAAGCCGCGAGCAGGGGCUUGAGUGGCUUGGCUUGGGGACCGACAGGGCAUGCGUACGCCACUCCCCUUCCAUGUCACUAGUGGCUAGGCGGUUGUGGGGCAAGGAGUGGUUGUACACGCGAGAGAAGAGACUUUACUUACAAAGCUAACAUUAAUAUAUAUUCACUUGAAAAAUCGGCACACAACUGAUGUGGGACUAAACUCGCGUCACACCUUCCUCACAGGCAAGCAACCGGCACCGGUUCGAAUCCUUCCAGAGUCAAAAUUUAUAUAUUUUUAUUUGAUUAUCGUGACUUUCCUGCAGAUCGCCGGUGAAGGAUUAAGCAACGAGAAUUACUGGAUCAUCGGCAAAAAUCUCGUCAACACGAUUCGCGGAGCAUUGCUACUAAAAUUGCUGAACGAUUCGCAAUAAAAGGAUCGCGAAUCCAUCGAGUAAAUCAUCUCCGAUUGAUCGACGAACAAGCCGUCAUCGGGAAGAGGACGAUCCGCCGAGAGACCAGUCGCCACCUCUUGAGAGCGUACCAGAUGCGAUGAAGAGCCUCCUCUUGCUGUGCAGACCUGAGGAUGAAGCUCCCUGACACGCGCCCCACCUCCAUCUAGCUCCUCUUCGUCAGGUGACAGCUGCUGGAGAGCCGCAAAGUCACCAUUUUUCUGCUCCGCCGGAUGACAGCCACCGGAGACGAUUUGAUGACCCACUUCAUUGAUCUCUAGACUUCGUGAGAAGAUCUAGAGAUUACCCAUGUCGUCUUUGUCCAAGGAGAGCCUUCAAGGCCGUGGACAUAGCACGACAAUCCUCCCGAAUGCUCAGGAUUGUAGUGCAUCGCCGACGCAUCGCCGUCGCGACGCCAGAACUCUAUUUUCCUACUUUCAAUUUAAUUUACGCUUCAUUUAGAUACUUUGUGUGAUUUUAAUUUACCAAACUAUACUUCGUUCAAUUACGAUUCUUCUGACUUUUACAGAUCUUAAUUUGAUUAAUUAAGUCGUCUGUAAUCGCUUAUGUAAGAAUCGCCAGGCGGAACUCUAUUUCUGCCUGAUUCGUGUUCGCCUGGUGCUGACAUCAUCCUGACAUCCGCACCCUUAUUUCCUUUUUUUUCGUGAAUUUUAAGUAUAUUUCCUUUUUAUUUCCUAGUAUAAAAUUCAUAAGAAAAUCGUAUUCAUUGAGAAAAAUUCUGAAUAAUUACUAGAUAUUAUAUUACAUCCCUAUGAUUGACCUGGAAAAUUAUUACUUUUUUUAGGAUUUUUAUUGAAUUAUAAUUGAUAUAUUUAUUUAGAAAUACUUCUAAAUAUCUGAAAAUUCAUAUUGUCUAGUUUUAUAAAUUUUAUAUUUGCGUGAUUUAAUAUACAACGACUGAGUCACGUCACCUGCCACCAUGCCGAGAGGCAUAUGUGGCAUCCAUCUCUCACCAUGCUAAGACGCCCCUAGCUUCGAAGAACGUGCCAAGAGGCACCACCACCCACAACUUCAAAGAACGCACCGAGAGGCACCCUUGCCAUUAUGCCAAGAGGCAUAUGUGGCGUCCAUCUCACCAUGCCAAGACGCCCCCAGCUCCAAAGAACAUGCUGAAAGGAACCCUUGCCACGAUGUCGAGAGGCGCUAGUAGCAUCUAUCUCCAAAGAAUGUGCCUGAGAGGUACCAAAAGUGCUUGGGCGUGUGAAGUACCAAGAUGGGUGACCUCCCAAGAAGUUCGGCCCAAGACAGUUAUUGACGUGACUUAGUCAUUGUAUAUUAAAUCACGCAAAUAUAAAAUUUAUAAAACUAGAAAAUACGAAUUUUCAGAUAUUUAGAAGUAUUUCAAAAUAAAUAUAUCAAUUAUAAUUCAAUACAAAUCCCAAAAAUAGUGGUAAUUUUCCAGGUCGAUCACAAGGAUGUAAUAUAAUAUCUGGUAAUUAUUCAGAAUUUUUCUCAAUGAGUACGAUUUUCUUACGAAUUUUAUACUAGGAAAUAAAAAGGAAAUAUAUUUAAAAUUCACAAAAAAAAGAGGAAAUAAGGGUGCGGACGUCAGGAUGACGUCAGCGCCCGGCGAACGCGAAUCAGGCAGAAACAGAGUUCCGCCCGACGAUUCUUACGUAGGCGAUUACAGACGACUCAAUUAAUCAAAUUAAGAUUUGUAAAAGUCGGAAGAAUCGUAGUUGAACGAAGUAUAGUUUGGUAAAUAAAAAUCAACAAAGUAUCACUAAAUGAAGCGUAAAUUAAAUUGAAAGCAGGAAAACAGAGUUCCGGCGUCGCGACGGCGAUGCGUCGGCGAUGCACCGGAAUCCUGAGCGUUCGGGAGGAUCGUCGUGCAGUGUCCACGGCCUCGAAGGCUCUCCUUGGACAAAGACGACGUGGGCAAUCUCUAGAUAAAGCAGGAAAACAGAGUUCCGGCGUCGCGACGGCGACGCGUCGGCGAUGCACCGGAAUCCUGAGCGUUCGGGAGGGUCGUCGUGCAGUGUCCACGGCCUCGAAGGCUCUCCUUGGACAAAGACGACGUGGGCAAUCUCUAGAUAAAGCAGGAAAACAGAGUUCCGGCGUCGCGACGGCGACGCGUCGGUGAUGCACCAGAAUCCUGAGCGUUCGGGAGGGUCGUCGUGUAGUGUCCACGGCCUCGAAGGCUCUCCUUGGACAAAGACGACGUGGGCAAUCUCUAGAUCUUCUCGCAAAGUCUAGAGACCAAUGAAGUGGGUCGUCGAAUCGUCUCCGGCGGCUGUCACCCGGCGGAGCGGAAAAACGGCGACUUUGCGGCUCUCCGGCGGCUGUCACCCGACGGAGAGGGGCUGGAUGGAGGUGAGGCGCGUGUUAGGGAGCUUCAUCCUCAGGUCCGCGCAGCAAGAGGAGGCUCUUCAUCGCAUCUGGUACGCUCUCAGGAGGUGGCGACUGGUCUCCCGGCGGAUCGUCCUCUUCCCGACGACGGCUUGUUCGUCGAUCAAUCAGAGAUGAUUUACUCAAUGGAUUGCGAUCCUUUUAUCGUGAAUCGUUCAGAAAUUUUAGUAGCAAUGCUCCGCGAAUCGCGUUGA